GUGUUGUUGGGCGGGGCUUGGCGGCAGCAGCAGGUGAGCGAGCAGCGCGAGCUGCUCGAGUCGGAGCGGAGAGAGUCAUGGGGAAGCUGCAGGAAUUUGACAUCACUUUCACCAACAACAAGGUGGUUUACGGCCCGGGAGAGUCCAUAAGCGGAACCGUGAGGAUUCGAACCGGCAACCCGCUGCAGUACAAAGCCGCCGUCCCCACGUCUUUCGAAGGACCCUUCGGGAAGAUCGUUUACCGCGUGAAGGCGGCCAUCGACACGCCUCGCUUCUCUAAGGACUACAAAUCCCAGAGGCUCUUCUACAUCCUCAACGCGCUCAACCUCAACGAGGUUCCCGACAUCGAGAAUGAGAGUUAUGCAGUGACCACUAAGAAGUUCAGCUACCUCCUGGUGAAGACUGGAACCCUGAUGCUGAAAACACGCUGCGACAUGAAGGGUUACGUCCCGGGCCAGGUCAUCAAGUUGGCCACGGAGAUCCACAACAAGUCCGGCAAAGACACGGGAUACGUCCUGGCCAGUCUCAUACAGAAAGUGACCUACAGGACCAAGCGGCCGGUCUUUGACCUGAGGGCCAUCGCGGAGGUGGAGGGAGCCGGAGUGAAGGCCGGGAAGCACGCAGAGUGGAGGGAGCAGAUCAUCGUCCCUCCUCUUCCUCAGUCGGCGCUCGCCGGCUGCAGCCUGAUCGACGUCGAUUAUUUCCUGCAGGUGUCGCUGAAAUCCCCCGAGGCCGUCGUCACGCUGCCCAUCUUCAUCGGGAACAUCCCGGUCAACCCGUCGCCCUCCAUGCCCGUCCCCGCCGGUCCGGACCCGGCGCCKGACGUGACGCCGAGUGCCCCGCCGGCGGAGGACGACCCCGAGGAGGGCGAGCUCUGCGCGGGGGGCUUCGCCAACGAGGAGCUCCCCACCAAGAGCCACUCCCAGCAGGAUCCCUCGGUGCCGCCGGCCACCAUGUCCCCCAGCGCCUUCAGCCACGCCCCCGGCGCCGCGCUGCCGCCGGGCCGCAGCAGGCCCGACGCCUCGGCGCCGCUCUUCUGCCUGUCCACCGGAGCCACCAUCCCCUUCUUCUCCGAGGGAAACGCCACGCCCAUCCCCACUUCCUGUUCGCUCAUUCUGCCUCCGGAGUACAGCAGCUGUGAUUACCCUCAGGAGCCGCCGCCGACGUACGAGGAAAGCUGCAGCAGCGUGAGCYCCAGCUUCACCAGCGGACAGUAGAGGAGGAACGCCGAGGCUCCGCCCACUUUUACCUGUCUGAGCAGGUCCGAACACAAAGCUGCUGGAUGGAAACGGGCGGUCGGCGUCGAUCUCAGACACUGAAACAAAGGAUCUUUGUUUUUUUAAGAUCUUUGAUUUCGYCUCGUGGGUCGGACAGAACUUCAC